GAGAGGGAGUGGUGGCGGCGGCGGCGGCGGCGGGGCUGGAGGACAGGCAGUGGCAGUCAGUAGGUGGACAGGAUCCGUAUGAGGCGUAUCGCUGCCUCGCGCCUUAGAUGGGCCGCCACGAGCCUGCCUGCCUGCUUACCUGUCUGCCCCACGCGCCGUCCACCUGCCUGUCUAGACCACACAGGCUCCCACGGAAUACACUCCACACCCUGGCGGCGCCACAUUUUCUUAGCUAAACCGGACUGAAUAUAGAGAAAAAAGGUUUAUGGAGACGGCUCGGUGGACUUACAGCCAUGAAUAAGACUAAACCCCCGGGCAAAAGAGGAGGGCGAGUGAGGGAGUGAGGGGGAAGAAGGAAGUAGGAAGAAGAGAGAAAGAAGGAGGAGAAGGAGGAGGAGGAGGUGGAGAAGGAGGAGAGGGGGAAGUGUUGAGGAGGGAAGGGAGCUAAGACAAACUGAGACAAACCCCUCCCUUCACCUCCCCCAACGCAACCUAACCUAAAGAGGGGAAAAGAAGAUCCGUUGAGGGGCUACCUGAUCACCCCCCCCGCUCCCCCCCCCAGCCCAGCACGUGCUUCCCAGAAUCCCCAAACAGCAGGUGUGUGUGCCGUGAAGAUGGACCGCCUGCUACUACUGCACGUGGCCGCCCUGCUGUUUCUGGCACGAGGUGUGUGGCCGUACAGCGACAAGACGGUGGAGAUCGUGGAGCUGGUGGUGCCGGAGUCCCCCAAGGUGGGCGACGACGUGACGCUCACCUGCCGCUUCAACCUGGUGUGCAACAACAACCGCAUCUACACCUUCAAAUGGUUGAGCGGAACGGACCAGUUCUACACCUACAAGGGCGCGGCGCACAACAACCCCAAGCACGCCUACACCUUUAAAGGGAUCAACGUGAAGGAGGAGGCGUCGACGGAGGAGUCAGUGGUGCUGCAGGACGUGUCGGAGGAGACUUCGGGGCUGUUCAAGUGUGAGGUGAUGGGCGAAGGUCCCUCCUUUCGCACCGCCGUAGCCAACAAGACCAUGACCGUCGUGAUUCCGCCGUCAGAAGUCAAGAUCAUCACGCGGCCGGCCGCCAACCCGCCCGUGUACCACAUCGGCGAGCGGAUACACAUGAACUGCACAGCGAGCAGGGCCAAGCCUCGCGCCGCCAUCUACUGGGAGAUCAACGACCUGCCGGUCAAUGAGCGCGACGUGCAGUCACGGGGUGGCUACGAGGACCACCGGGGACGCGUCACCUCCACCCUCAGCCUGUCCUGGGACCCCCCGGCCUACUUCAAGGACAGCGUGGCGCGGGUGGCGUGCCACGCGGUGGUGGGCGGCCACAAGACCACCAUCACCAAGGACAUCUACCUCGACCCCGCCUCCAGCGCCGCCCUCAACCACCUCUACGCCUCCAAAGGUUGCCAGUUGUCAGCCGCUUGGACGCUGCUGGGGUUGGCGUCCCUUGCGCUCACCCGUCGCUCCCUCUAGCACGUCUCAACAUGUUCUGGAUGGAAGCACGUGUGAAGGAGGCGACAGGACGGGAUAAAGGAGAAGGAGGAGGAGUUAAUGGAACGGAAAGGAGUGACGAAUGUGAUAACUGUAGCCAAGUCCCUCGUUAUUGACUAAAAAUGAGAGAGAGAGAGAGAGAGAGAGAGAGAGAGAGAGAGAGAGAGAGAGAGAGAGAGAGAGAGAGAGAGAGAGAGAGAGAGAGAGAGAGACGAUUACUACGACCCUAUGUACAGUUGGUUAUUUCAUGGGCGUGAUUGACUGUUUCACAUUUAAUUCGCUACUCAGGUGCAGGGUAAAGAAAAAAGGGCUAAUGUGUUUCUCUGUGUUUGUGUUUGUUUCUGUGUUUGUCUGUCUGUUUGUCCUUCUCUUCAGCCCUCCCCCCUACCACCACCCCUACCACCACCAACCCCAACUUUCAAUAUUUUAGCAAGAGUGGUUUGGUACGUAACGACGGCCGCUUACAAGUACAUAAAAAAGGCGAACUAUUGCGAGAUAGUUUCAGUUCAUCAUUUUCCUUCCCUUCCCGAAACAGCGAAACUCUUGAGGAAACACUGACGGGGCAAAGCGAUAAUAAUAAAACAGGAAACAUUCGCAUUAUCUGUCGUAAAGAAAGAUAAUGGUGGUCAUAAAGAGGAAACGAGAGAGAGAGAGAGAGAGAGAGAGAGAGAGAGAGAGAGAGAGAGAGAGAGAGAGAGAGAGAGAGAGAGAGAGAGAGUGUAUGUGUGUUUGUUUAACUACAAGGAAUAUUUGAAACAAGAAAAUAUCCUCUUUUAACUUACUCUCAAACUCUCUCUUCCUCUUCCUUCUCCUUCCUCUUCUCCCUCCUCUCAACAUCUGUAACCUGUGUGUUCAUUGGGAGCUUAGCGUUGUCAAGUGGUCAAUAAGAUCAAACUCAGAAGAACAUGAAUUUACAAAAUAUUGGAAGAAAAAAAUGUUCUCCCGUCAAGAAAAGCUCCCAGAAGUGACGCCUCUCAAAAUAAAAAUAACAAGAAGGAAUCCGUUAGAGGAGUCAGAUCCCAUAUCAGUGAAUCCCCCAAAACUAAAAAAAAAAAUAUCUCCCCUUAGAGAUGAAUCCCUAACAAGUGGAAGCUUCGAAACGUGUUACUCCAUUCCUCAUCACCACCACCACUGUCACCACCACCACCAGUCCAUCAUCACACGCCAGAUCACCCAGCCUUCAACUCUCCCCCACCUCCCAUCAACGUCGCUGGGACCUACACAAAAGAAAUCGAGCAUUCGUUCUCUGUUGUAAGCCAAGGCAUACAAACUGUGGUGGAGGCGAUAUGGAGACGCGCUACAUCUUUCCAUCCGCAGCAAAGUGGCGCCGGAGAUCGAGACUAUAUAUGGACUUAGUAAACACCGAAGGACGAAGUAAUGUGUUGAGUGUUAAAAGAUAAAAACAAAACAAAAGUAGACCAGAUAUACUGAAAAUAGAAAUCCUAACCUAAUUACAUGUUCGCUAUAGUUGUGUGGCAGGGUGACUACGGAAGGGAAAAGACAAAGUAUAUAGUGUGUGUUAUGAUUGUGAUAUACAGAAGGAGAAAAUUACGAGGGAACCGUAACAAAGAGUAAUCGUCGCACAUCCACGUGUAUGUUGGCCCUGGUCUCGUGUGCUGAGGUGUGGCGGUGAGAAAGGAAAGGACGAAGAAAUGUGUUAUGAUCAUACUGAAGGAGCAGGACCAAGACCUGUGUGUAUGAUUAUGUUUGACAAGGAAAAAUCAUGACAGUGACCCAACAACCAUGAAAGAGAAACUAUUCCCUCUUAACUACAUGUUCGCUAUGGAGAUAUAUGCUACUGUGUACUACGCUAAAAUGUGGAGGGGAAAUGUGAAGUGUGCUUAUUACGUAUUUUAAGAGAGUGAAAAAAAAAAGUAUCGUGACUCCGAAGAACAUGUGCUUGGUGAGUCUCUUAUAUGGUACACUUUGACCUGUGCUGAAGAGAAACGAUAAGACAAUGAGUGCGUAUGUAAAUAAGGUGUUAGAGCAUUUUCUUUUCGUGUUUGUGUGAAUCGGUGUUGCUCAUCAUGCAAGUGGCGCCACCUGGACUCUAUACCUGUUGAUUACCUAGACAGUGACACACCCACAUCUCCGACACACCUUUCGUUCACGGUGUUCUGAUUGAUGUUACUACUAUUAUUACUUUUAUUAUUAUUAUUUUUAUUGUUGUUUUUUAUAGUCAUUAUUAUCAUUACAUAUUAUUAUUACUAUUGUCAUUCCUCCUGUGUUUUAUCAUUACUAUCAUUAUCAUUAUUACCAUUAUUAUUCAUCGUUUCCACGCUUUGUGCCCUCCCUUAAUCUUUAUGUGUAGACAGUUGAGUGUGUGUUCCUGUAAACAAACUAACACUUCCCGAAUACACACACAAACAACAUCACCGUCAAUACAAACAUUUAUAAAAAAACAAACAAACCUUAGUGUGGUGUAUCGCUGGAGGUCUAAUUCCAAAACACUGCGUUGUGAACAUUUUUAUAACAUUCAUUUUUGUGUGUGUUGCUUUGAAAAGAAGAAAAACUGAAAUAAACUCUCAUAAGCGUA